AUGUGGGACAAGCGUCACUCAAAUAGUGUGUGCCCGUUUGACUGUGAUGGUCGAGGUGGAAUUUUCGCUCACGCGUAUUAUUCCAACGGAGAUCUCGAACAUGUAUCUGAGGUACAUAUCGACAAUGCGGAACAGUGGCACGUGCAGCUCACUGAAAAUCCGUGGAAUAAGAAUCAUGUGUUGCACACGCUGACUCAUGAAAUCGGACAUGCGAUAGGAAUAGAGCACAGUCCGCACAACGAUUUGGUAAUGUACGUGUUCGUGCCUAUUAAACAGUGGCCUGUUACGCUCAGCCUGGAUGAUGUUCUGACUGUGCAAAACCAUUAUGGACCUUCAGACCGGAGCCUUCUAGAGGAGCGAUACAUGAAACCGCGUCGGAUAUGGAAACCAGUCGACCUGACCUUGAAACAGACCGCAUCUUUGAUGAGACAGUAUCAAGGAUGGCUGCGCGGUUGA